AUGUGCAGCCGGCGGGCUGGCGCCUCGCCGCGCGAAGUUAGGGGCCCCACUCCCGGAGUGGUGGUCGUGAGAGCCAAGCCUCCCAAACGCCAAGGGGCUAAGCAACACCUGGAAAGAAUUCAACGCAGCCAUCAGAAACAUCAUGCUAUUUUGGCUUCCAUUAAGUCAAAUGAGCACGAUCGCUUGAAAGUUGAGUGGGACCAACACCAUGACCACAAGUUUUUGGAUGGCCUUGUGCGAGUGAGAAUCAAGGAUGCCGUGCAAGGGUUUAUUAUUAACAUUGAAGAAAGACGAAAUAAGCUACGUGAACUCUUAGCUUUAGAAGAAAAUGAGUAUUUUACCAAAAUGCAAUUAAAAGAAGAAACUAUUGAGGAGAAAAAAGGUAGAAUGAGAGAAAAAACUAAAUUAUUAAAAGAGAAGAAAGAAAAAGAGAGGCAGGAGUUUGUGGCUGAAAAACUAGACCAGCAGUUCAGGGAACACUGUGAGGAGCUCCGUGUUGAAUUGUUUUGUGUCCAUCAGAAGAAGGUGUUUGAGGAGCGGAAAGCACAGAUAGCAUUCAAUGAGGAGCUGAAGAGGCAAAAACUGGUGGAAGAGCAGUUGUUCUCAAAGCUCUGGGAGGAAGAUCGACUAGCCAAAGAGAGGCGAGAAGCCCAAGAGGCCAGGAGACAGAAAGAGCUGGUGGAGAGCACAGGCUUGGGGCUGAAUGCCCAGAUCACCAGCAUCAAGGCACAAAGACAGGCCACACAGCUGCUGAAAGAAGAGGAAGCACGCCUUGUGGAAAAUGACAAUGCACAGUUUAAACUUGAGAAUGAACAAGAUAAGAUAAAGGAGCAAAAGAAAAAACAGGAAGUUAGAAACACUUUGCAAAAAGCCCUACAAGAGAAGAUAGAGCACAUUCAGCAGGCAUUAAGAGAAGAACAAGACUUGAACAUAAAGCUUGUGCAAAGGGCCCUUCAAGACUUACAGGAAGAGGCAGAUAAAAAGAAGAAGAAAAGAGAAGACAUGAUAAGAGAACAGAAGAUAUAUCAUCAAUAUUUGACCCAGAGACAUGAAGAAGAGAAAGCUCAGGAGAAAGAAUUGGACAGAAUAUUAGAGGAAGAGAAGGAAAAAAAACUGGCUGCGGAGGACAAAGAGCUGAGACUUGAAAAGGAAGCAAGGAAACAACUUGUGAAUGAGGUCAUGUGCACACGGAAACUUCAAAUACAAGAAAAGUUGCAACAUAAAGCUAAGGAACAGGAAGAAUGUGCUAAGGAACAGGAGCGUAUAAAUGAAGGUCUUAAAGAACUUAGUUGUGAAGAGAAGGAGAAUUUUGCAAGACGCCAGGUUUUAGCCCAGGAGUAUAGGAAGCAACUUCAGAUGCAAAUUGCCUACCAGGAGCAGGCCCGAGAGGCAGAGAAGGAAGAGAAACGCCGCGAGUUUGAAGCAGGGAUAGUGGCAGACAAGAUGUGCCUGGAAAAGGUCCGGGAGAUCCUGUCCACCCAUCAAGUGCUGCCCGGAAACAUUCAUCCCAUGAGGAAGGCGUGCCCUAGUAAGCUUUCACCAUAGUUUCAUGGUUGUCCAUACAUCUUCUCAGUCUUUUAAUAUUUUUUACUAUAGUAUGCGUGUGUGUUUCUUUUAACUCAUGAAUAAACCGUUCUUUUUUUCUCUGAGUUUGUGCAAUUGCGCAUCGUUUUUUUCUUCAAAUAAACUUGUUUCUCCUGUGGAUUUCAUGGGCUUAUAAAUCCAAA